AUGGCAAAUGCUCUUCCGCGCCGAAUUAUUAAGGAGACUCAGCGCCUGCUGGCCGAUCCUGUGCCAGGAAUUUCCGCGACACCAGAUGAGUCAAACGCUCGAUAUUUCAAAGUAAAAAUAACAGGUCCAGAAGAUUCGCCGUUUGCCGGCGGCAUUUUCAAUUUAGAACUGUUUUUGCCUGAAGAAUAUCCUAUGGCUGCACCAAAAGUUAGAUUUAUGACUAAAAUCUAUCAUCCGAACAUUGACAAGCUCGGACGAAUUUGUUUGGAUAUUUUAAAAGACAAAUGGUCCCCAGCUCUUCAAAUUCGCACUGUUUUGCUGUCUAUUCAAGCUCUCCUUUCUGCACCAAAUCCAGAGGAUCCGCUGGCCACUGAUGUUGCUGAACAAUGGAAAACAAAUGAAGCCGAGGCCAUAAAGACAGCGAAACAAUGGACGCUAUCUUAUGCUAAAGAGUAG